CAACAUUUGCAGUUCUGUGUGCUUUUUGUUUGUACGAAAGAAUUUGAACUGGUAAAUGCUGUAGUUAAUAUUAAAGCAGUGCAACCCCUCCCACAGCAGUUGGCUGCCAGGGUCAGCGAGUAAAAGGCGACUGGCUUGGAGUGGAAUACAUUGCCAAGAUUGAGCUGUAGACAAGCAAAGGAGCGGAGACACAGCGACAGCCCGGGAACAUGGUUAUCUUGCUGCCGGUUCUGCUGAGCCUGGGCGCCCUGUUGCUCACCCUGCUGUACUGGGCGGGCGCUUUCAGAAGGCGGCGGCCGCACGAGCCCCCCUUGGACCGGGGAUGGCUGCCUUGGCUGGGCCACGUCCUGUCGUUCAGGGAGGACACGGCGGAGUUCCUGCGGCGGAUGCAGAGCAAGCACGGCGACAUCUUCACGGUGCAGCUGGCCGGCGACUAUGUGACCUUCCUGAUGGAGCCGCACUCGUACGGCGCGGUGGUGAAGGCGUCCCGGGGAAAGCUGGACUUCCAGAAGUUCGCCGUCGAGCUGGUGGCGCGGGUGUUCGGCUACCACGCCCGGGUCGACGACCACCAGCUGCUGGAGGUGAUCAGCCACAAGUACCUGAUGGGAGAUGGCCUGGAGGAGUUGACCGAGUCCAUGAUGCUGAACCUGCAGAACCUGAUGCUGGAAGGGCUACACAAGGGAGAGUGGAGGGAGGACGGACUCUUCCACUUCUGCUACAACAUCGUCUUUCGAGCCGGCUACCUCUCGCUGUUCGGUAACGAGCAGGACCCCGGUGGUGACAAGAGCACAGGCCGGCUCCUGGACCGCCAGGGCUCCGAGACCCUCUUCAAUGAGUUCCGGCGCUACGACCGCCUCUUUCCGCGCCUGGCCUACGCCAUGCUGCUCCCGAGGCAGAAGCUGGAGGCCGAGAGGCUCAAGCGGUACUUCUGGGAGGCGCUGUCCGUCGACAAGCUGCGGUACCGGGAGAACAUCAGCAGCUGGGUGGCGGAGCGCCGGCGCCAGUUGGAUGAGCAAGGCGUGAAGACCGACAUGCAGAACCGCUACAUGUUCCUGAUGCUGUGGGCGUCGCAGGGUAACACCGGGCCGGCCGCCUUCUGGCUGCUCCUCCACCUGGCCCGGCGUCCCGACGCCCUGCAGGCCGUGCGGGCCGAGGCCGACAACAUGCUGCGGGAGAGCGGCCAAGAGGCCGGGCCCGGCAAACCUCCUGUCCGCCUGACCACGCGCAUGCUGCAGCAGUGCCCGGUGCUCGACAGCGCCGUGGAGGAGAGCCUGAGGCUGACCACCGCUCCCGUGCUGAUCCGGGCCGUGCUGCAUGACAUGGCGCUCCAGCUGCACGACGGCCGCGAAUACCACCUGAGGCGGGGAGACCGCCUCGCCCUCUUCCCUUACUUAUCCCUGCAGAUAGACCCGGAGAUCCACCCGGAGCCCUCCGAGUUCCGCUACGACCGCUUCCUGCAGCCCGGCGGCCUCCGCAAGACCGACUUCUACAAGGGCGGCCACCGCCUCAAGUACUACUCGAUGCCGUGGGGAGCGGGAGUCAGCAUGUGUCCCGGCCGCUUCUUCGCCGUGAACGAGCUCAAGCAGUUCAUCUUCCUCAUGCUCAUCUACUUCGACAUGGAGCUGCUGCAGCCCGAGGACGCGGUCCCGCCGAUCGACCGCAAGCGCUGGGGCUUCGGCAUCAUGCAGCCCAGCCACGAAGUCCGCUUCCGGUAUCGCCUGCGGUUCUGA